UCGGUCGCUCUCCGGGCUUGUUUCAACACAAACCGGAGGCCAGCACCUCGACAGCAGGCGGGGAUCAUGUAGUCAAUAAGCUAGCAGUGCCACAAGGGGGGGGGACCGCCGAUGGCUCGCUGACGAGCGUCGCCGUCACGCACGGAGCCUUUUUUUUUGUGUUUGUUAUUGUUGUUGAAUGUUAUCAGAAGUGCUACUUUUUUGUCUUCCUAGAGUGGCACUUUUGUGGAAAGGGCCGGUGGUGCAGAGAAUGAGCGCCUCGCCUGGGCCUACUCGGGACGGCUGCUGGGAUUGUGCACAGCUGCGCACAAACACUUGCUUUGUGCGACACAAUCACCAAUUGGUGCCCCGGUGACCGAUCACCACAAGGGCCGAGCCAUGACAACAUGAGUCAGUCUUACAGACCGGCUUUUCGCUCGGCGUUCGGCUCCCCCGGCCAGCCGGAGCCGAGGCCGCACAAUGGCCUCACGGGCAGUUCCUACAGGAGUCAAUGCGGCAAGGCCAGGCUCGGGUCGGAGCAGCCCUCGGGAGUGCAGUCGGAGCGCCCCAACUGUUACAGCCCGCUGAAGAGGCUGCAUGACUUUAACGCGAGAGUCAGAAAGGCGGACUUCCAUGUUCGGAACAUAUUGCACUCUUCAAGCCCAAUCAGUGACAAUGAUGAUGACGAGUUUGAGCCGCCGUCGGUCCUUCUGCCUACCUCGCCAUGCAACGGGGACACGGACUCAUUCGAAUCUCUGCCACAGGUCCACAGAAUCGGCUUCCCCACUCACAAUCCGGACGUCCGAAAGCGAUGUUCUCCCACCACCAACGGCUACCUGCAUUUUGGCUCUAUGCUGUUUGACAGCGGCGACGUUAAGCAGCAGCAUGAGCAGGGGGUGCACAAACCGAGCGAGAACUUCAUACCCUUUCACCGGACAUGGGACCACACUGUUGCCAGCUCAAGAACGCCGAGCGUUUCGAGCUCGGACAAAAGGACUUACAAACCUACCGUUUUUAAUCUCAUGUCCAAAACUAUAUCUGAGCUCAACCCCACUCUGAGCCCCAGCGCACUUCCAGACAUCACCAUGAGAGACGGGUGGAGCAUGGACGAGGGAUCAGAAAGUGAUGGAGAGCUUGUGUCUCCUGAUCCAGGGAUUGUUUCACCAGCUGGCACCAACUCCAAUUCCAACAGCCCAAAGAAAAGACUUGCUCCAUCGGUGCAACAUGUGGAAGGCGAUGUGGUAUGGGCUAAGUUCAACAGACGGCCCUGGUGGCCAUGCCGAGUUCUCCGCGACCCUCAACUGGGCCUCCACACCAAGAUGAAAAUUCCCAGUCCUCGUCCCUGUCGCAUGUAUUUUCUGGAGACCAUUGGAGAGAUUGUGGAGUCUGCCUGGGUCCCUGGGAACGCCAUUUUUCCUUUCCAUGGACUCUAUGAGUUUGACGACCUGCCCGUGCUCCGGCGGAGAGGCAAGCAGAAGGAGAAAGACUACAAGUACACGAUACCCAAAAGUUUGCGGUCUGCAUGGAACGUCAGUGUGGCAGAAGCUGAGCGUAUCUGCUCCGUUCAACAAUUUAAUGCCAAGCGUUUGCCUGCAAUGUCUCUCAAUGGAGAGGAGUUUGCACUGCGCCCGCUCCAUCCUGACACACAGCAGGAGCCCCCUUCUUUCAGUGUGGACGCAACUCGGCUCCAGUCCCCCAGGAGAAGUGAGCAACAAGUAAUGAAAAACUCAGCAGACACGCCGUCGAAUAAAAAAACCUGCAAAAAGAAAAAGAAAUGUCUGUCCGACAUAUUUGGCCAUAUUAUCAGUGGGUCACAGGAGUCUGUAGCCAACAAGGACACAAUGGACAUUUAUACAACAAUCCACACAGCGAAACAAGAACCACAGAACUCGCCCUAUACAGAUCUGGAAUCAGUUCCCGUGUUACAUUGUCCAAAACGUAUUGCAGUUUCCCCAUUGCAGGAACUAGACGGACCUUACAGUCAAGUAAAAACAACGGUCACACAAAGUCAUCAUUCUGCCAGUGUUAUUAGGGGUGUCCCUUUGGACUGUAGAAAUCAGGCAAUGGCACAUGGGUCUAGCACAAGCCUUCAUGCCAGUGGUCGCCUCAUGAGAGCCAUUGAAGCAAGGGAAGAGGAUGAUCUCCAAGAUGCCCUGGCCUUAUCCCACUCUGAUUGUCGUACUGAAACCCCAAGUGACGCAGCUCGGUUAAAAACUAAAAAGUCUCCUUGUUGGGAUUCAAUCUCUGAUAGAUCUUUCGCUGUAAAUCGCAUCUCUCCGAAGAGGCGUGCGAGGAAACCAGACAAGAAAAAAAUCACAAUCGGCUCAAAUUUAGGCCAGCGUGUCUCCUUUACACAACCGGUUCAAAUUAAGACCGAGAAUGUUAGCUCAUUGUCGUCUUCUGCAUUGUGUCCCAUUGACGCUAUCGGGGAUAUGAAGGAAAUCACCUUUAAGUCGCUUGUUGAAGAGAACACCGACUCCCAGGGGAACUCAUUUCAUCCCGAUUCUAAUUAUAAGUUCAGUACCUUCCUCAUGCUCCUCAAAGACAUGCAUGACACCAGACAGAAAGAAGGUAAGCCUCUGCUUAUCCCACCAUCCCCGUUCCUCAUCAAGGAGGAACCGCUGGUUAUUCCUUCUCCUACAUGGGCCGAUCCACUGCGGGGGUCUUCCGUGAGCCAAGGCAUCAAAACUGAGUUUGGACAAUUAGGAGAAUUUUCAAAGGUAAAAACUAAGUCCAAGACAAAAUCUAUCAUGUCAGCAGACACUUAUCAUUGCGAAGAUUUUGCAUUACACAUUGGGAACACGGACAAACAACGGAGAAAACAGAGACUUCCUGCCAAACUGAAGCCUCAACGACCUGGUCUUCCCUGUAACAUGGCUGACUUGGCUUUCGGCAGGGAGUUUGUCAGUGGCCACGCUGAUUUAUCUGGAUCUGAUCACCCCAUUGCGGAUGAUCCCAAUGCCAACUACCUCGACAAGAUCACAGAAUCCCCCUUGGCCCCAAAGAAACGCUGGCAGCUGGUCGAGGAGAACGUGGCCGGCGUAAAUUUUGAGAUGAACGGAUUGGACACUUUAAAAACAUCUCCAGAUGUUCUCGUGGAACCUGAGAGGCAGCUAGAGAACAACUCUUUCUCUGAAUCGAGCAGUGCAACCGGAAAUUCGGAGAACAAACGCCUCCGUAAACCAACAAAAAGGCUCUUGGAGUCCACUGAGGAAUAUGAACAAAUAUUUACCCCGAUAAAGAAAUCCAAGAAACACACAUUGGAGUUGUCUGAUGCGGAUCCUAGUGACACCAGUGAAAUUGUAUCGCUGCACCCGGAUACCAACAUCAAACCGGAGACCAUUACUUCAUUGUCACCCUCAAUGGCGCCCUCUGCACCUCCGGCAACAGAAUCGCAUAGUCCAUCUCAAGAUGAAUGCCCCGCUGAAGGGCCCUCCUCAUCCUCAGCCACUAGUCAGCCCCAUUUAGACUCUGACACAGCCGAAGAAGCUGAUCUACCUCUCAAUUCUGACUUAACAGCAGAAAGAAAGAGGCCUCGGAAGCUGUCGCACAAAGUUUUGGAUUGUACCAUUGAAGAAGUCUCUGUUCCUGUGAAGAAGGAGGAGCCAAAGUGCCCCCUUGGACUUUUAACUGAAGUAAAGGUGUUGGUCAAGAAAACUGUGAUACUUCCAAAGCACAAACUUAAAGAAAACGUGGAUGAACCCAUAAAGAAAGACAAACCUGUUCCCAGCAAAUCUACUGCCUCUCCAACUUCCGAGGCCAAAGAGGACACCAGAGUUCUCACUCCCGAAACACUGCCUGUCCUGUUGGAACCAAAGUCCCCUAAACAGGAGAACGAAGUGACACCCUGCAGCACUGAAGACAAACCUAACACAGAAAAUCUUAAAGCUGAGGUGCUUUCUAACAGUUUGUCUGACAGCCUGUCUUCCCAAGUGGAUGUUAAAGGGAAAAUAAGUGCUACUUCCUUAAAGGAGAAUGUCUGUCAGGUGUGUGAGAGGACCGGAGACCUUCUGCUCUGUGACGGCCACUGCUAUGGAGCCUUUCACCCACAGUGCAUUGGUUCUUCUGUGGCGCCCAAGGGAAAGUUCCUCUGCCAACAAUGCACCUCCGGCGUUCUCACUUGCUUUGUGUGUAAGAAGUCUGACAAUGGUGUGAAGCGGUGCAUGAUCCCACUGUGCGGGAAGUUCUACCACACCGACUGCAUCAUGACCUUCUCUGCCACGCAGCCACAUAACAAAACCUUUCGCUGCCCCUUACAUGUUUGUCUGUCGUGUCACAUCACCAAUCCUCUCAAUUCCUGCUGUACCAAAGGUCGCUUGGCUCGCUGUGUGCGCUGCCCUGUGGCUUAUCACGCCAACGACAACUGCAUGGCAGCUGGCAGCCUGGUGCUGGCCAACAACAGUUUCCUAUGUCCAAACCACUUCACUCCUCGUAAAGGCUGCAAGAAUCAUGAGCACAUCAACGUGAGCUGGUGCUUUGUGUGCUCUGAAGGAGGCAGUUUGCUUUGCUGUGAAGCCUGCCCUGCUGCUUUUCAUCAGGAAUGUCUGAACAUAGAGAUGCCUCAAGGCAGCUGGUUCUGCAACGACUGCAAAGCAGGGAAGAGGCCACGGAUCAAGGAUAUACUGUGGGUCAAGUGGGGACGGUACAGGUGGUGGCCUGCUGAAGUGUGUCUGGCCAAAGAUGUCCCAAAUAACAUCUUGAGGAUGAAACACGAGGUGGGAGAGUUUCCGGUGCAGUUUUUUGGCUCCAAAGAUUUUGUAUGGACUUAUCAGGCCCGAGUGUUCCCUUACAUGGAGGGUGACACUCACAACAUUGAGAAAAUGGGCAAGGGGGCAGACGCGGUGUAUAAAAAUGCCCUGACUGAGGCAGCAGAGAGAUUCAAAGAGCUGCAAGCAGAAAAGGAGAUGAAGCAGCUUCAGGAGGACAGAAAGAACUAUAAGAAACCUCCGCCAUACAAGCACAUAAAGGCAAAUAAGCCAAUUGGGAAGGUGCAGAUCAUCACGGCCGACCUAUCUGAGAUCCCGCGGUGUAACUGCAAGGCGUCGGACGAGAACCCAUGCAGCGUGGAUUCUGAGUGCAUUAAUCGCAUGCUGUUGUACGAGUGCCACCCUCAGGUGUGUGCAGCCGGGGAACGAUGUCAGAACCAGGCCUUCACGAAACGCCAGUACACGCCCGUGGAGAUAUUCAGGACACUGUCGCGUGGCUGGGGUUUGCGCGGCGUGUCCGACAUCAAGAAGGGAGCUUUUGUGAGCGAAUACGUAGGGGAGGUGAUUGAUGAAGAAGAAUGUCGAGCCAGAAUUCGUCACGCUCAGGAGAAUAACAUCUGUAACUUCUACAUGCUGACGGUAGACAAGGACCGAAUCAUAGAUGCUGGACCCAAAGGGAACCAGGCUCGCUUCAUGAAUCAUAGCUGCCAACCAAACUGUGAAACUCAGAAAUGGACUGUGAACGGGGACACCCGUGUUGGACUGUUUGCACUACAAGACAUCCCAGAAGGUGUGGAGUUGACUUUCAACUAUAACUUGGAGUGUCUCGGUAACGGCAAGACCGCCUGUAAAUGUGGAGCACCCAACUGCAGCGGCUUCCUUGGUGUUCGACCGAAGAACCAGCCGCCGGCUGAGAAAAUGAAGGAAGGAAAGAGGCGCGUGUCCAUGAAGAAGAAGACCAAGCAAGAGGUGACCAAAGAAAGGGAGGAUGAGUGCUUCAGCUGUGGCGAUGGCGGCCAGAUCGUGUCAUGUAAGAAGCCUGGUUGCCCCAAGGUCUACCAUGCUGACUGUUUGAACCUGGCCAAGAGGCCUGCAGGUCGAUGGGAGUGUCCAUGGCACCAGUGUGACGUCUGCACGAAAGAGGCGGUGUCGUUCUGUGAGAUGUGCCCUAGCUCAUACUGCAAAGCGCACCGCGAUGGCAUGCUCUUCAUCUCCAAGCUGAACGGCAAGCUGUCUUGUAGCGAACAUGACCCCUGUGGGCCCGACCCUCUGGAACCAGGCGAGAUCCGCGAGUACGUUCCCAAUGCCACUUCUGUGAAACCCGGCCUUGUGGCGUCGCCGCUCACUUCCUGUCCACUCCCAGACUCCCAAGGCUGCGCUCCUGUCGCCUCACACGGCGACCAGACUAGCCCGGCCGCGCGAGAGCCUCCUCCUCGUCUCUACAUCAACACUAAAACAGCGACCUCGAGCUUCAUCCCCACCAACAUGUCUUACCUCACAGGCGACAAAGCUUUAUCCAGCCCGACCUCCUCCAAAGACGAGAGCGAGGACGGCGAGAUGGAGGACGGCGAGAUGGAGGACGGCGAGGUAUGCGGGUUAGAGGUGGACCUGGGAGAAGACGACGAAGCCGAGGGCGACGUGGAAGAAAUGGAGUUAGUAGAAGAUGAACCGAUGUCCGACGACUGCUCGGAGGAGGCAGGUGACAGUUGCGGUGAUUACGUGGAGGACGAUACUGGUGGUGAGGACGGCUGGAGCGGAGGAGAGGAGCACAAGUGACCCUCAAUAAAGCCACCUACUGUACUUGAAUGCAACAUUGCCUUCUCCUUGGUACAUUGCCUUCUCAUCCCAGGCUGCGGAUGUGUAUCGGUGCUACGGCUCGACUCCUUCACUCACUUUCAUAUACUUUUGUUCAUAUUUCUUUAUUUGUGUCUGGUGCUGUAAGCCUCAGUUGUUCAUUCUUUUAGACAUUGUUUACAUUUUCUGCCUUUUCUUAAGACAUGUUUGAGAUAUGGAAAAGGUAUAUCUGACCAAACUGUAAUCACAAGGGCAUUUUGUUGUUGUUGUUGUUGUUGUUGUUGUUGUUGUUACUGUCUUAACUUUGACUUCUUAAAAAAUUAACCUGAAAGAACAUGGCAAAAAAAAAAAAAGAGUGGUCAUUUAUUUGUCACAAUGUUUCCAUGAUAUAUUUUGACCCUGAUGCAAAAAUAAACACACUGGAGUCA